AUGCCAAAAAUGCAGGUUGUUAUUAGGGAGGAUGAAAAGCUUAAAAAUAUCUACUAUACCCCAGAACAUCUCUGGACCGGCCGUAAAUCCGUUAAAUUACUCGCAAAGGAGAGCGGUCUCUCCAAAAAGAAGGUAAUACAUUGGCUUAGUAGGCAACUCUUGUGGCUAAGACACAUUCGCGGUCCAAAACGUAUUGACUACCCCCAUUUUAGCAUUACAAGACCAAACGAGGUGUACCAAUUUGAUCUGUUGUACAUGCUGCAUGAUAAACUAUAUGGUAAUACAUACAAGUACACCCUGACAGGUUUUGACGUUGCCUCGCGUUACAAAGUAGCAAGAGCCCUGCGAACAAAGAAGGUCAGUGAGGUCGCCAACAUGAUCAAAGAUAUCUACAAAGCGGGACCUUUACACUACCCUAAAACCUUUCAGUGCGAUAAUGGUUCUGAGUUCAAAUCAGAUGUGAGCAAACUCCUGGAAAGCAAAGGUGUUGAGAUCAAGUGGGUCACCACGAAAUAUCAACAUACGUUCACGGCCUUCGUCGAAAGCUAUAACAAAGUCCUUGCCGAGAGACUCUUCAAGACCCAAGAUGCCUAA